CCACGUGGCGACAGAGCGCCCUCUAGCGGCGGCUCGUCCCGGCUCCUGGCGGGAGUUUUGGUUUCCCGAGAGCUACGGCGCUGCCUGGAAGAGGAACUCCCCUUCCCGCCGAGCCGCGCUCGCUUCCGUGUGGGUGCGGGAGGCCCAUGGAGGAGGUUGCGGCGGGCAGAGGGCAGCGGAGGCAGAGGGCGGCCCGGCCUCGUGCCUCACAGGGCAGGGGCGCCGCCGCCCGACGCGGCCCGACCGCGCGGGAAGCCUCGGCCACCGAACGCUCGGCCGAACGCUCGGCGGCCGAGGCUUCCCGCGCAGUCGAGCCGGUCCCCCGAACCCUCUCGACGCGGAGCAGGGCGGCGGGCGGGCUGCGGCUGCGGGAGGUGCUGUCGCAGCUCAGCCUCGGCCGGCAGGACGUGUCGGAGGCGUCGGGGCUGGUGAACCACGUCGUGUCCCACCUGAUCCAGGCCAUCCGGGGGAGGGACGGCAGCUUUAGCUCCAUCGGGAGGCUGGGAGCCGGCAGCUACUACGAGCGCGUCAAGAUAUCUGAACCAAAUGAGUUUGAUAUCAUGCUUGUAAUGCCUAUCACAAGACUGCAGCUAGAUGAGUGUGACGACACUGGAGCCUAUUAUUAUCUAACAUUCAAAAGAAAUCCGAAAGAGAAGUAUUUGAAUAGGUUUCUAGAUGAAGAUGGAAAAUUAUCAGCCUUUAAGAUGCUUAAAGGACUAAGAGAAAUUAUUAAAGAGGAAGUAAAACACAUUAAAAAUGUGGAAGUAACUGUGAAAAGGAAAAAGCCUGGAAGCCCUGCAAUAACUCUACAGAUCAAAAAGCCUCCAGCAGAAAUAUCAGUGGACAUCAUCUUGGCUUUGGAAGUUCAGCAGAGCUGGCCUCCCAGCACGCAGGACGGCCUCAACAUAGAAUGCUGGCUAGGAAGAAAAGUCAGGAGAGAUUUCAGACAUAAACCAGUUUAUUUAGUGGCCAAGCAAAACAAAAAAGAAAAGCUUCUAAGAGGAAACACGUGGCGACUCUCUUUCUCGCAUAUCGAGAAGGCCAUGCUGAACAACCACGGCAGCAUAAAGACCUGCUGCGAGUCCAAUGGAGUGAAGUGUUGUAGGAAAGACUGUCUCAAACUUCUGAAGUAUCUUCUAGAGCGACUUAAAAUGAAACACCCAAAAGAACUGGAAAAAUUUUGUUCAUAUUACGUCAAAACUGCCUUUUUCCACUUAUGUGUCACUUGGCCAAGUGACACAGACUGGCAGUAUGAAAACCUGGAGCAUUGUUUUCAGAAAUGUCUGGAAUAUUUUCUGCAUUGUCUGCAAGAUGCUCAGCUGCCGCACUUUUUUAUUCCCCGGCACAACUUGCUCAGCGUGGAUGAUAAAGCAAGCAAUGACUUCCUUUCAAGACAAAUAAACUAUCAGUUGAACAAUGGAUUCCCACUAUUCCACCAGGUGUAGAAGAAAAGUAUUUACAAUAACUAGCUGAAAGUCAUUUGCAUAUUUUAAAACAUAAGUUUAGCACUUUAAGUUAUUUCUCAGUAGUUUGAUACUACAGAGAAACAAAACCAAAUCAAGAACACUAACAGAAAAUGGCUUAUUUCAGUUCCAUUGCUUAGCCAUAUUAUUUAAAAGAGCCAGGACAUUUGAAUUAUAUUCAAUAGGAACAGUUACAAAAGUAACCUGACUCAAAUGAGAAAAGUUGUGACAUAGAACGACGGUUAAACAGAAGAGAAGGCACCUGCCAGUGUGAAAAUACAGCAAGAGAACGAGGCCUGAGAACUUCAGCUUUGGCCUUGUGACGCAGCCUAGGGACCUGGACAUCCCUGAAGCAUGGCUGAAUACCUCAGAUCAGAGUCAUCCUGAAGAUACCACUGGUAUGCACAUAUACACAAUGCAGAUACAUGCGUGUAUACCUGUGUAUAUAUACCUAUGUGUAUAUAAACACACAUUCUAUAGAUAAUAUGUAUUAUAUAUUCUACAAGGAAUUGAGUUGCUCAAGGAUGUGCAAAAAAGAGGAAUGAAGCUGGUGAAAUGACUGGAAAUCAAAAUGUGAGGGAAGAUCCCGUUGGUCUCCAUAACUACCUGAAAGGUGGCUGCAGUGAGGAAAGUGUCACACUCUUUCCUAAGGUGGGGGCCAGUUCAGGGUUAUAAAUGAUCUGGAUAGAGGACUCAAAUGCCUACUAGGCAUACUGCAUUAGGAGGAGCUGCUGGAGGGGCAGCGCUGAGCUCUGCUCUCUGGGGACAGGAACAGGGCCCGAGGGAACGGCACGGAGCUGUGUCAGGGGAGGGGCAGCUGGGGGUUAGGAAAGGUUCUGCACCAGAGGGUGGUCAGGCCCUGGAACAGCAUAGAAUAAUCCAGGCUGAAAAGGCCUUCCCUGUGGACAGGCUCCCCAGGGAAGGCCUUUUCAGCCUGAAUUAUUCUAUGCUAUCAUUCUAUGCUAUCAGUGCUAUACUUAGGACAAACUGUGCAACAUAAGUAUAAUCUAUCAUGUCUCUUGCUGUUAUAUUCUUGAUAAGUAUUUACAUUGUCAUAAUAAUUAUUGUUGAGUUUGAGGUUAAUAAUCCCCAAAUCAUUUCUGCUCCUGUAUUACUACUGAUUAUCCUACCUCAAAUUGCCUUUCUACUUCUAGUUGCUGCUAUUAGUGGGUAUUCUUAGUAUUUGGUACAUAUAUAUACACACAAACUUAUUUCCUGGUUAUUACUAUAACAGCUUUUGUAUAUACAUACACAUAACUGCCGUAUCAAUGACAGUGUUCUUGGUAGUAGUGAUGUGUUCUUUUGUAAUAAACAGGAAUCUUUAGUAAACAA